AUGGUCGUUGUCAAAGCCUCAGCCCUCUUUUUGGGCCUUGCGUCCCUGAUUCUUCCUGUCAGCGGUCAAGCAGUCAACGACGUGGCUGACGCCUUCGACUUGACCCAGGUCUCCCUCACAGAUAGUCGCUGGAUGGACAAUCAGAACCGGACAUUGAACUACCUUCUCUCGGUUGACCCUGAUCGUCUUCUCUACGUGUUUCGUAAGAACCAUGGCGUCGAUACAAAGGGCGCACAGACAAACGGCGGCUGGGACGCACCCGACUUUCCUUUUCGCAGCCAUGUCCAAGGCCAUUUUCUUUCAGCCUGGACACAAUGCUAUGCUUCAGCAGGAGUCAAAGAAUGUGGCGAUAGAGCUACGUACUUUGUGCAGGAGCUCGCAAAAUGCCAAGCCAACAACGGAAAGGCUGGCUUUAGUAAGGGGUAUCUAUCCGGUUUCCCCGAAACAGACAUCUCUAAAGUCGAAGACCGGACGCUCAACAAUGGAAAUGUCCCUUACUACGCUAUCCACAAGACUCUUGCGGGGCUGCUAGAUGUUUAUCGCCGUAUGGGUGAUCAGACCGCCAAAGACACCAUGCUGUCACUUGCCAGUUGGGUAGACACUCGCACCUCGAAGUUGAGCUACAGUCAGAUGCAGAGCAUGCUGCAGACUGAAUUUGGUGGAAUGAACGAAGUCCUCGCUGAUAUCGCUUUUUACACCAAAGAUACGAAGUGGCUCAAGGUCGCCCAGCGCUUUGAUCAUGCUGUCAUUUUCGACCCUCUACUGCAGAACACCGACAAACUCUCUGGCCUGCACGCCAAUACCCAACUUCCCAAGUGGAUCGGUGCUCUGCGCGAGUACAAGGUCGGCGGUGAUAAGAAGUACCUCGACAUUGGCCGCAACGCAUGGAACAUAGUUGUCAACAAGCACACCUACGCCAUUGGUGGAAACAGUCAAGCCGAGCAUUUCAGAGCUCCCGAUGCUAUUGCUGGGUACCUCACUGAUGAUACUUGCGAAGCUUGCAACAGCUACAACAUGCUGAAGCUCACUCGCGAGCUCUGGGCACUGAACCCAACUGACGCCUCUUACUUUGACUUUUAUGAGAAGGCUCUUUUGAAUCACCUACUUGGUCAGCAAGAUCCUAGCAGCAAUCACGGACAUGUUACAUACUUCACGCCUCUCAAGGCAGGCGGUCGUCGCGGAGUUGGUCCUGCUUGGGGUGGCGGUACCUGGAGUACCGACUACAACUCCUUCUGGUGCUGCCAAGGUACAGGGGUUGAGACCAACACCAAACUCAUGGACUCGAUCUACUUUCACACUUCUGACACUCUUUAUGUCAACCUCUUCACUCCUUCGAAGCUCAACUGGUCUCAGAAGAAGGUGUCUAUAACUCAGACGACUGACUUCCCCGAAAGUGAUACAUCGACAUUCAAGAUCACCGGUGACACCAGUGAAUGGACUCUCGCAGUCCGCAUCCCAUCUUGGACCUCUAAGGCCUCCAUCAAAAUCAACGGCCAAGCUUCGAAUGUGGCCAUAGAAUCUGGCAAGUACGCUACGAUCAAGAGACAGUGGAAGUCUGGGGAUACUGUUACUGUCCAACUCCCUAUGAGCUUGCACACCGUUGCCGCGAACGAUGAUCAGACCUUGGGUGCGAUUUCCUUUGGUCCUGUCAUUCUCGCUGGUAAUUAUGGCCAGUCUACCCUGAACGGCAACCCUGCGAUUGACUUAGCCAGUAUUAAGCGGAAGAGUAACGCUGGUCUGACUUUUGAAGCUACGUCUGGUGGCAAGGCUGUCGAAUUGGGUCCAUUCUAUGACGCUCAGGGCUUCAACUACGCUGUUUACUGGAAGCUGGGUGGCAAGCUUUCAGGUUGA